UCAUUUCAUCUGAAGUGCACCCUUCUAUGGUUAUGUGAAGAGCUACCCCAGUCUGAGUGGACCAGAGAAAAUGAGGCAGAAUGUUUUAUGAAACUUUUAAACAAGCUGCUGGAGUUUCUCUAUAGAAGAUUCCUCCCCCAUUACUUCGUCCCAGCACACAACGUCCUUCAUGAGAUGGAUUUUGUUGGGUUUGAUGCCAAUUUGAAUAUUCUGGAGAGAUUACUUGAAAUUCCUUCUGCUUUUGUAUGUGCUUCAUUUAAAAGUGGGUACAUAGAUUUGCUCUAUCAAGAAUGGCCAAAUCUAGGGAAAAGCCUUCAGGACAAUGUCUUUUCUGAAAUCAUCCCUCCUGAUUUUUGGAAUCUUUUUCUGUCUGACUCUGGAUUUGUAAAUAAAACUAGUCUUCUGUUUGCAACCUCGAUCGGAAAAAUCGACUUUGAAAGGUGUGAUGAAUUUGAUUUCAAGCUUGCAGAACAUUACCGUGUCAUGGCUACCUUUAUGGUGAAUCAUGGAGAUUUCUAUGGUCGUGGAAGGAAUCGUGAAUUAGCGGUGUGGUACACAAUACAAUAUAACAAGAUCAUAAGGAAACUUACAACAGAGAUGCACAUGCUUGCCCCAGUGAGUGCCUCAAUCGUUGAUAUGAGAGAACAUUUCCAAAAUAUUGCAGCAUUUCUGAGGGGACUCAUAACAUGGGCAACACCAUUUUAUGGUAAGAGCAAAAUGCAACAAUUGCAACUUUGGUAUACAAUCAUGUUCGAGAUGAUUAAAGAACACAAGAGAAUAUCAAAAGUAUCUGAAAGAACACUAGAAGGAUGUGAAAAAAUACGGACUGCCAAAAUGAUCCCUGAAGGGCAUGAAGGGAUCAUUAAAGAACAUGAAAGGAUCUCUGAAGAACAUGAAAUAAUCUCUGAAAAGAUACCAGAAGGAGAUGAAAAUAUUCCUGGAGAACAUGAUAGGAUCGUUGAAGGACAUGAAAGUGAUAGUUAUUUCUAUAGUGAUGUAUGGAGUCGUGAAAUUAAUGUGUGGAAUGCAGUAAUAGGGGAAAAGUUCAUGAGAAGACUAAAAGGAAUACUGCACUCAGGACUUCAAAAAAUGCCUGAAGGACAUGAAGAAGUGCCUGAAAGUGAUAAGAGUAUAUUUAAAGGACAAGAGAGGAUAUCUGAGAGACAUGAAAAGACACAUGAAGGACAUGAAAAGAUAUCUGAAGGACACGGGAGUAUACCUAAAGACACAAGAGGAUGUCUGAAGGACACAAGAAAACACGAGAGGAUGCCUGAAGGACACAAGAAAACACUUGAAGGACAUGAGAAUAUACCUGAAGGACAGGUUAUUAAUAACCAAGCUAGCACAUCAAUUAUUGAAAUGAGAGACCAUUACAACAAUAUUGCUGCUUUUCUAAGAGGACUUAAAACUUGGGCAAGGCCAUUUUACAGCAAGAGCAAACUGCAACAAUUACAGCUUUGGUAUGCAAUCAUGUUUGAGAUAAUAAAAGAACACAAGAGCAUACCCAAAGGAUAUGAAAGAACAUCAGAAAGAUGUGAAAAGAGACUGACAGCUGAAAUGAUCCCUGAAGAAGAUGAAAGAAUCCCUGAAGAAGAUGAAAGAAUCCCUGAAGAAUAUGAAAGAAUCCCUGAAGAAGAUGAAAGAAUCUCUGAAGAACAUGAAAGAAUCCCUGAAGAUGAAAGAAUCUCUGAAGGACAGGAAAAAAUCUCUGAAGAACUUGAAAGAAUCCCUGUUGAACAUGAAAGAAUCCCUGAAGAAUAUGAAAGAAUCCCUGAAGAUGAAAUGAUCCCUGAAGAAGAUGAAAGAAUCUCUGAGGAACAUGAAAGAAUCCCUGAGGAACAUGAACGAAUCUCUGAAGGACAGGAAAAAAUCUCUGAAGGACAUAGAAGAAUCUUUGAAGAAUAUGAAAGAAUCCCUGAAGAUGAAAUGAUCCCUGAAGAAGAUGAAAGAAUUCCUGAAGAACAUGAAAGAAUCCCUGAAGAUGAAAGAAUCUCUGAAGGACAGGAAAAAAUCUCUGAAGGUCAUGAAAGAAUCCCUGAAGAUGAAAGAAUCUCUGAAGGACAGGAAAAAAUCUCUGAAGAAUAUGAAAGAAUCCCUGAAGAUGAAAGAAUCUCUGAAGGACAGGAAAAAAUCUCUGAAGGACAUGAAAGAAUCCCUGAAGAUGAAAGAAUCUCUGAAGGACAGGAAAAAAUCUCUGAAGAAUAUGAAAGAAUCCCUGAAGAACAUGAAAGAAUUUCUAAAGGACUUGAACGAAUCUCUGAAGGACAGGAAAGAAUCUCUGAAGAACAUGAAAAGAUCUCUGAAAAUAUGCCUGAAGAACAUAAAUUAACCUUCAAAGAACAUGAAAGGAUGCCCGAUCAAUGUCAAAAAAUACCAGAAGGACAUGCAUUGAUGCCAAAUAAAAUUGGGAGCCAGACAUGCAAACGAUAUGAAGGUAUUUUAUAAUCAUGCUGUUACAAUUUAAGAUAAAUACCAUUGUGUUUAGUGAGAUUUACUUGUUCGGAGAAAUGUAUUUCCACAAUUCUGAUUUUUCUAGUGUCUUUGAAUUUGUCCUUCAAAUAUGGAUAUUUUUCUAUAUUGAUUAUAAUCCUUCAAAGGAAAUGCUUAUAUCUAAGUAUUAAGAUUGAAAUUGCAUAUGUCAGGAAGAAAGUUUCAGAAUUUGAUAGUUUUUCCUAAUAAUUUUUUAUUUGUAGAGACAUCCUCAUCAGAACA